AUGGCGCCCAGAAAGCCCUCCACCACCGCGGAGAUCUCCCUGGUGCCGCUGAAGAACUGUCUUGUAAACCUGCCGCCAUCGCUGGUCGCGCUGCUGGUCAACGCCAAUACGCCUGCACAGAAUGUAAUUGUCGAACUCCAAUACCGCUCAACCACCGGAAAGGCCAAUGGCAGCCCCGCACAGCGGUCAUGCUAUCUAGGAUGGACAGGAAUGCCGAGCAAGCGCAAGCUUGCCCCAGUGGUUGGAAGAGAUGGGAUCAGCAGUGGCUCUUCUGCCAGAGAACAGGAUAUCUCCACUGUUGAGCUGGAUACAACAUUCGGAAGGGUCUUGGGCCUUGCCGAGGGACAAAGGGUCGGAAUAUACAUCCACCUCGAUCCGCCUGUCGCCACUACUAUCAACAUUGAGCCAUUGACCCCGGAGGACUGGGAGAUCAUUGAGCUUCACGCGACGUUCCUGGAGCUCAACCUUCUGUCGCAGAUUCGGGCCCUCCCCAACCCCGCAUAUGCCACCCCACAGCCCGACCAUAUGCAUCCGCUUGCGUUGCAUCUUUCACCGACAUCGACUGCCAACAUUGUCAUAACCUCCUUGACGCCUGCGCCCCCGAAUACUUCCCCCUUCGCGAAGAUAGCCGCCGAUGCGGAAGUUAUUGUUGCCCCAAAGACACGCCAAAGGCCGAGACCCUCCCGAGCAGAUAGUCGAAGCGUUGCCGGAAGCAGCAAGAAAAGUGUCGGGGGACGGAGUAGUGGAAGCACGGUACGGCCGAAGAGCAGCCGGUCGGACUCGACAAGCAGAGGCUCUCUCUUCUUUAGAGGGAUUGAUCGCCAACUGUCCGAGCCCUACUUUGAGGAGGAGGCGGAGGAAGAUCACAAUGAGGGCUUUCGCGUUUGGAUUGACCCUGACAUGCUCGCCACGAACGAACUACGAGGGGCCGACUGGGUUUGCGUUUCUGUCGUACAGCCUGCCGGCCUGAAGGCGCCGCCUGACCCGCAGCAGCAGAUCGAACAAACGGAACAAAAGGGCAGUGAUGCCGGAACACCAGCAACCAAGCUGGUGGCCAAAUUGAUGCCGUGGGUUGACGCCCCAGACACCCAACACGUUGCUGUCUCAACUUUGUUAUCUGCUUCCCUGGGCGCUGAGGGCAUGGUAGGCGGCAUUAUUCGAGUCGAAGCCGCUCCUCCACCGUUGCAACGGUCUACCGUGAAGACACUAAAGGUGUUUCCUUUCAUGACUGAUACAUCGAAGAAGAAAGAUGGUCUGAAAUUUGGAUCUGACACCGCAGCUGCAAGGGAUGCAUUGGCGGAGCGCAUCAAAGUCUUGUAUGGCAGUUCUGGCUUUGACAAAGGACUCUUGUCAGGACCUCUGACGGAUGGGAUGGUCCUACCAAGUGCAGACUAUCGGGCUAUAUCGUCUGCCUUUGAUGGUGCUAUUCUCCGGUUUGACCCUCCACUGAAGGGCGGUUCCGAUGCAGCUAAACCAGCAACGGGGUGGAUCCUGGGAUCAGAUGCUAAGCUGUCACUAGAAGUGCAAGCUGAGAUACCUCGUCCGGCCGAGUCUGGUUCAUCCGCCCAUCCGUCGGAGGAUUUGAUACCAUCUGCCGCUCCUGAAAUGGUUGGAAUCGAUCAGAUUAUCUCACAGGCGAUUGAUAACCUGACCAAAUCAUCUUCUAUCUUGCUCACAGGUGGUCUUGGAUCGGGAAAGACAGCACUCAGCCAGUUGUUAGCCCAUCGUGUUCGGAAAGAUUUCCUUUUCAACGUGAAGUAUUUCUCUUGUCGGAAACUGGUCACUGACGAGACACGUAUCUCAAACAUCAAAGAGACGCUCAAUCGCCUUUUCAUGUCUGCCUCUUGGUGUGCCCGUCUGGGCGGACAGUCGGUUGUGAUUCUGGACGAUCUCGACAAGUUGUGCCCCGUGGAAACGGAGCUGCAGGUCGGAGGGGAUAAUGGUCGCAGCCGCCAAAACAGUGAAGUGAUCUGUUCUAUGGUCCGGGAGUAUUGCUCCAUGAACUCUUCGGUGGUGCUGCUGGCCACAGCACAGUCGAAAGAGUCCUUGAACAACAUCGUAGUCGGGGGCCAUGUUGUCCGAGAGAUAAUCCAUCUGAGGGCUCCGGACAAGGAGGGCCGACGAAAAGUGCUGGAGCAGCUGACAAGUCAAGACAGGGGAGGUCCCCCCGCAAUGAAUGGUCAUGCUCGAAACGCCAGCUCAUCUACCCACGAUUCGUGGCUGGACCCCUCGAAUCCCGGAAGCCGUCCGAGCUCAGCUGGAGCAGAUGGAUUCGUACUUGGACGAGACGUGGAUUUCUUAGACCUUGCUGGCAAGACGGACGGGUAUAUGCCUGGAGAUCUGGUCCUUUUGGUCUCGCGUGCACGAAACGAAGCCCUGAUACGCUCUGUGCAAGACGCUCUAGCGUCAGCCAGAGCGAUCACACUCGGGGCUGAUGAUUUCGAAAGCGCCAUCAAAGGCUUCACCCCCGCGUCCCUCCGAAACGUCACUCUUACCUCGUCCACCACGACAUUCUCCGCCAUCGGUGGCUUGACCGAAACCCGCAAAAUGCUCCUCGAGACAUUGCAAUACCCCACGAAGUACGCUCCCAUUUUCGCACAAUGUCCCCUGCGUCUGCGCUCGGGUCUAUUACUUUACGGAUACCCCGGUUGUGGCAAGACCCUUCUCGCCAGCGCCGUCGCGGGCGAGUGUGGCCUCAACUUCAUCAGCGUCAAGGGUCCGGAGAUCCUGAACAAAUAUAUCGGAGCAAGCGAGAAGAGUGUGCGGGAUCUAUUUGAACGAGCCCAGGCCGCCCGCCCAUGCGUUCUCUUCUUCGAUGAGUUCGACAGUAUAGCGCCCAAGCGUGGUCACGAUUCUACCGGUGUUACCGACCGCGUGGUCAACCAACUUCUCACCCAGAUGGACGGUGCCGAGGGUCUUUCGGGGGUGUACGUUCUCGCCGCGACCUCCCGGCCGGAUCUGAUCGAUCCCGCGCUGCUUCGACCCGGACGUCUCGAUAAGUCCUUGAUCUGCGAUAUGCCCAACCACUCAGAUCGAGCGGAUAUCAUCCACGCUGUCAGCAAGAAACUCCGGAUGAGCGAGGAGGUUGUUUCUCGCCUGGACGAAGUAGCUGCACGCACAGCAGGCUUCUCCGGCGCCGACCUGCAGGCUGUUGUAUAUAACGCGCAUCUCGAAGCCGUGCACGACGCCCUGGGCGACCGGUCAACGAACGACAAGUACACGGCAAAGAACGGCGCGAAGCCGUCUUCAACAGGCACCAGCACCAAGUCAUUCAUCCAAUUCCUCUACUCCGAAUCAGAACAGACCGCGGGAUCAGUCUCCAUGCCGUCACCUGCGGUCGUCGCCUCCAAGCUGGACGCCAUCAAGAAUGCACGACGCCGUCAGCGCCAGUCGGAACAGGGCCCAGGUGGUGGCCAGGGAGCAGCGUCCAACGGACCCGCACAGGAAGAACCGCGCGAGGAGAUCAUAGUUCGGUGGGAGCACAUGGAGCGCUCCCUCAACACAACCCGCAGCUCUCUCAGCAAUGCGGAAAGACGCCGUCUAGAGGCGAUCUACAACGAGUUUGUCUUCGGUCGGAACGGCGAGAUGCCCACCGGCGAAGGCGGCCGCGAGAUCGGAGGCCGGACCAGCUUAAUGUGAUGAAGAAAGACCAGGAUGAUAUCAUGUACAUGUAGUUUACAUUGCUUGCUCUCCUAUGUAAAUAGCAAUAGCGCUAGAGUACUAGUAACGUAACAAUGCC